AUGGAGCACGGCCAGCAGGAGCAGGAGCAGGAGCAGCGGCCUCAGGUGAGCACGGGGUCGGGCGGGCGGGAGCAGCUGCUCGCCCAGCGGAGCCGUUGUGAGCCAUGGUUGAUGAUGAUGCUGACGAUGAUGGAGCUCUCUUUCCUCCCGCAGGAACCGUGGUUGAUGGUGAUGAUGAUGCUGAUGAUGAUGGAGCUCUCUUUCCUCCCCCAGGAGCCGUGGUUGAUGAUGAUGAUGAUGAUGAUGGAGCUCUCUUUCCUCCCCCAGGAGCCGUGGUUGAUGAUGAUGAUGAUGAUGAUGAUGGAGCUCUCUUUCCUCCCCCAGGAGCCGUGGUUCUGGCUGGCAGCAGAGCAGGGGAGCAGCUCCUGGGACACUAAGCUGGGCCUGAGCUGUGCCAGGAGGGAUCUGUCGGAGCUGCCCACGCUGGAGGAAGGGCUGCUGCCCUCAGCAGAGGCCUCGGGAGCUGCAGCCCCCGCCUCCCCCCUGGCUAUCCAGGAGAGCAGAUUCUCCCCUUGCCUGCCCCUGCUGCUGAGCCCAGCCCUGGCUGAGACGUUCCUGCAGGGAUCCCAGAUGGAUUUCCUUCCCCUGAGGGGAAUCCCAGAUGUUUCUGGAGCAUCCCUGGAGCGUUCAGAGCCUCCCCACGUCCAUGGCAGUGCCCUUGCCAGUCCAUCCCAGCACUCCCAGCCCGUGGGACAGGCGGAUCCUGGAGCUGCUGCCGUGUCUGGGGAGCCCCUGGGCAGCCGGGGGGACAAUGGGGACAGGGGCACCCAGCAGGAGGCAGCAGGACCCCGGGGCAGGGGCGAUCCAGCACCCCCAGCUCCAGAGGAGGGGCUGGGGAAGGGGCUGGAGCAGCCCUGGAGCACGGCUGGGGAGGAUGGACACUGCUGUGCUCACUCCUCCCAGGACAGUGAUGGUCCAGCUGCUGGCUCUGAGCUGUCAGAGGGGAACAAGGAGUCCCCGGGGCAGGAGGAAUCCUCCUCCUCCUCCUCCUCCUCAGGAAACUCCUCCUAUACAACUGCACGGACCAAAUUCUCAGAGAAAAGUGAAAGGGGGAUGCAGCAGGAAAAGGUGAAAGCGGUUGGGAGUGGAGCAGGAGCCCAGGAGAAACUGGAAAAAGGAAAGAAGGUGCCUGAGCUUGGUUUGCCAAGUAAUUUCUGUGACAUCCUGAGGAAAGGCCGUGCUACAAGCUCCGGUGCUCGAGAUGUUCUUCGUGCAGCAGCUGCUGGGACAGGCAGAGGAGCGCUGGAGGAACGUGGGGAGCAGCUCAGGGGCUCCCAGGGAGCUGUCCUGGCCCUUCGGCAGCAGCAGCCAGCAGGGAGGCUGGGCACAGAGGGGCUGGGCCCUGCUGUGCCACCCAGCCAGCCCCAGGAGGCUGCCCCGGGCCCUGGGCACUCCCCAGGGCAGGCAGAGCCCACGGGGAGCAGGGAUGAGCUGACUGCCUCUGACUGCUCCAUAGAGAGGGGACACAGAGCCACAGAGAUCUCCCCUUCCUUCAGUCUGGGAGCUGAGGGCUCCUUCUGCCUGCACCUGGCUCAUCCCAACUUCCAGUCCACUCCAGGGCUGUUCCUGAAGAAAACUGGGAAGGCAGAAGGACGUGGUGGAGCCCUGGAGAUCCCUCCGGACCUUCAGGCCUCUCCUUCCUGUUCCAAUGAAGAAGCCCCAGGGGAGUCCCCUGCCCCUGCAUGCCCUGGGGAGCAGCAGCCUCCCCAGAGUCCUGUGGACAAGACCUGUGCACGUCUGGAGUCCCUGGAGCUGGAAUCCCCCUGCCCUGGCAGGGUGCAGUCCUUGCCCUCGCUGGGCUUCCUGGAGAAGGUGGGAGCCUGGAACAUGGGCCAGCCACAGCAGGGUCCCGAUGCCACCAGCUCACGUGUCCCAGGUGCAGUUCCCCCUGCGAGGGAAGCCUCUGGUGCACGCCCCAGGGCUUCAAGCUGCGUGUUACCAGCCCAGAGAAGCCUUGGAGAUGCCGAGGGCUGUGCUGCUCCUGCCCGCAGCGGGACAGGGUCUCUGGGGAGUUUGCAUUUCCCCCUCCCAGAGCUGCUGCCUGCCCCUGCCCUGAGCAGGUCCCAGUCUGACAACGCCGUGAACGCCUGCAGCAGCAGCAGAGCCCGGGCUGGAGGGACCCCAGGGCAGGACAGUCCUGCUCCGGGGGGCUCCGGCAGCUCCACCACACCAAAGGUGGCUCCUGGAUCUCGUGCUGAAGGCGUGCGGAGCGCCACGAGACGAAGCUCAGCCCCAGGUGUGUUUGUGUCCAGUGUUGCUCAGCUCCUUAGGAAGGAUGGGAGCUCCCCAGCUGAGGAGCUCCAGGAGUGUGAGGAGAAGGGAAAUGAGUCCCUCAGCCUCAGCAUUCCCAGUGGUGACGAUAUCAUGGACAUCUUUGGAGCCAUUUCCUUGGAGAGUCUGAGUUUUCCUGAUGGUCCUGGGGAGCCUCAGGAGGCCCUGGUGGUGCCCAGGUCCUGCCCCAGUGCAGGAGGGAACAGCCCCAUCCCCCCUGGAGCAGCACUGGAGACUCCCAAGAAAGAAGAGUUGAAUAUUGAAGAAAGGAUCCCGGUGUACCUGCGGAACCUGGGCAUCCAGCAGUCCCCCGGCACCAUCCUGGCGCCCUUCGUGCCGCGGGGGCCCCUGCGCGAGCUGGAGUUCUCCCCCUGGCAGCCCCGGAGCCUGCAGCCCCCCCUGGACACCCCCACCGAGGGUGCGUUGCUGCCAGCCCUUGCGAUGUCCCAGGCAAGCUUUGGCUCGGACUUGUCCCCUCUGAGCGUGUCCCUGGCCGGGGGCUCCGAGGCGGGCUGGGAGCGGGAGCAGGAGCUGCUGUCCCCCCGGGAGCAGGAGCUGCUGUCCCCCCGGGAGCUGUGCCCCGGCUCCCCCCGGGAGCUGUGCCCCGGCUCCCCCCGGCUCUCCGGGGAGCGCCCACCCAGCCAGGGCCCCGUGCCGGGCGCCCAGCUGCCGGUGGCUGUCCCCGGCUGCCCAGCCCGGGGAUCUGCCAGGGCAGAGCAGGAUGUGCCCGGCCGCUCCUCGGGCAGGGCUCCCCGGGCUGGGGGUGCCCCUGAGUGCAGCAGCUCGGGCAGCAGUGGGCAGGGAUGGGCAGUGUCUGGGGCUGGGAGCCACACGGAUUUGGACAGAGCAUCCCAGAGCUCCGGGGUGGGAAGUGAGAGCAGCCAGGGGCAGGGAGGGCAUGCCCUGCUGGGGCCCGGGGCGCUGCGGGAGCUGCUGGCACGGGCAGAGGGUCUCGCUGCCAGCUGGAGCCGUGCUGCUCGGCCCACAGCCUCCUGCACAGAGCCUGGGGAGGAUCCCAAGGGUGCCAGGUUAGGCCAGGACCGGGUCCCUGAGCUGCAGAGGAGACUGUCGUGGGAUGAGGCCGUGAUCCAGAGGGGAGAGCAAGGACAGGGGCUGGGGAUGCAUCCUCUGCAUCCUGCCAGCUGCCAGCUGCCCUGGGGAGAUGCUCUGGCUGUCAGUUCCCAGCGCAGGGAGGGGCUGAAGGGAAUGGCCCCGGAGCCGAGGACAGGGAAAUCCACGGGCAGGUCGGAGCCAGAAGGGUGCAGCGGCGUGACCACAGGCAGGAGCCAGGCUGCCCCUGUGGGGCUGGCACAGAGCAGUGCCAGCAGCCGCCUGAGCGCUGGCACGGCUCCAGAGCUGGGCCAUCCUCCUCCCCUGCAGCCCCUGGGCAGUGUCCCCACCAGCCUGGGGGGCUCCCAGGGCUCCCCAUGCCAGCCCGGGAGGGCAGCAGGGACGCGGGGCAGUGAGGACAGCAGCAGUGGGGAUUCCCUCAGUGCCCGUGUCAGGAGCCUGCUGGGGAGGCUUGGGCGCUCCCAGGAGCUGGGCAGUGCCCCAGGGGUGUUCCAGAGCAGCGUGCCUGGGGCUGGCAGUGCCCUUGGAGCGUUCCAGAGCAGCAUGCCCGGGGCUGGCAGUGCCCUGGGAGCGUUCCAGAGCAGCGUGCCUGAGGCUGGCAGUGCCCCAGGGGUGUUCCAGAGCAGCGUGCCUGGGGCUGGCAGUGCCCUUGGAGCGUUCCAGAGCAGCAUGCCCGGGGCUGGCAGUGCCCCAGGGCUGUUCCAGAGCAGCGUGCCCGGGGCUGGCAGUGCCCCAGGGCCGUUCCAGAGCAGCGUGCCCGGGGCUGGCAGUGCCCCAGGGUUGUUCCAGAGCAGCGUGCCCGGGGCUGGCAGUGCCCUGGGAGCAUUCCAGAGCAGUGUGCCCAGGGCUGGCAGUGCCAGGAGCCGGGCAGGCAGCAGCAGCAGCAGCAGUGGUGACUCCCUGGCAGCCCGUGUCCGCAGCCUCCUGGGCACCGCCUCCCCCGGGAUCCCUGCCAGCAGCCUCCUGAGGAGUGCCGAGGAGCACGAGAGCAAGAUCCGAGCCUGGGUGAAGCUGAAGCUGGCCAGCCAGUCCCAGGAGCGUGGGCCGGACUGGGAUGAAGAGACCCUGCCCAGGAUGGAGGGAGUCGAGGCAGAGCUGCUCCCAAGGACCAGGAGACCUGCACAGGCCAAGGACCCCUGGCGCUGUGGGUUGGGAGCAGCUUCUGAGUACCUGAGGAAGCAGGAGCAGGAGCGUGUCCAGGCUGCCAGCUGUCCCGGGGACAGGGGUGGACAGCCCUGCAGCACACAGGGACAGCUCUCCAGCACUCAUGGACAGUUCUCCAGCACUCAUGGACAGCUCUGCAGCACUCAUGGACAGCUCUGCAGCACUCAUGGACAGCUCUCCAGCACUCACGGACAGCUCUCCAGCACUCAUGGACAGUUCUCCAGCACCCAUGGACAGCUCUCCAGCACUCAUGGACAGUUCUCCAGCACUCACAGACAGUUCUCCAGGACUGGGGAGCUCCUCCAGCCCAGCUCCCCACCAGCAGCACCAUUGCCUAGAGCUGAUCCCUGGGAUUGCUCCCUGCUGCAGGACAUGCAGCUGAAACCUUGGAGUGCUGCUGACCUGCAGGACAUCCAUCUGAAGCCCUGCAGUGCUGUGGAGCUGCAGGACAUGCAACUGAAGCCCUACAAUGCUGCUGACCUGCAGGACCUGCAGCUGAAGCCCUGCAGUGCUGCUGACCUGCAGGACCUGCAGCUGAAGCCCUGCAUUGCUGCUGACCUGCAGGACACGCAGCUGAAGCCCUGCAUUGCUGCUGACCUGCAGGACACGCAGCUGAAGCCCUGCAUUGCUGCUGACCUGCAGCUGAAGCCCUGCAGCGCUGCUGACCCACAGCUGAAGCCCUGCAUUGCUGCUGACCUGCAGGACACGCAGCCGAAGCCCUGCAUUGCUGCUGACCUGCAGGACACGCAGCCGAAGCCCUGCAUUGCUGCUGAGCUGCAGGACACGCAGCUGAAGCCCUGCAUUGCUGCUGACCCACAGCUGAAGCCCUGCAUUGCUGCUGACCCACAGCUGAAGCCCUGCAUUGCUGCUGGCCCCGCAGCUCCGCAGCAAGCUGCCCAGCAGCCCGGCAGCCUGGCUGGGGAAAGGCAGAGCCCGGGCACAGAGCAGCCCCGGCUGCUGCCUGGAGCUGUGCCCGAGCGGGACGCACGGCGUGCCACAGCCAGGGGGCUCAGCCAGGAGGUGCAGGCAGCCCCAGAACCCCCCGCUCCGAGCCCACCCCGGCAGCAGGAGAUCCCCCCUGGCCACAGCUCAGAGAGCCCAGGGGCAGCUGCACACAGGGCUUUGCUGCAGGGCCCUGCCCAGGGCAGGAAAAGCCCCCAGGAGCCGCCAGAAGAGGCUGUGAGGGAGCAGAGGGGUGCUGCUCAGCCUGUCCCUGCAGAUGAGGCUUUAUCCACCGGGCCUGAGGCUCCCUCGUCGCCAGUGAGGAGAUUCCUGAGCUGUGUGCACAUCACCCUCUCCUCCAGGGCUGGGAGUGGGGGGAACGGGACCCAGCUGUGGGACAAAGCUCACGGGAAGGCUCAGGCUCAGGCAGUGACUCUAAAAGCAGCUCCAGAAGCUUCAGGGGAAGGUGUUCCUGCAUCCCCUCCUGCUGAGGGUGCUCCAGAGGAUCCCAGCUCAGCUGAGCCGGUGCCCCCAGCGGGUCCCAGCCGGGCGUUUUCCCCCAGGCAGGAGCUGCAGGGCAGGGCCAGAGCCCAGCUCCGGGACUGGGGGGCUCGGGGGGCACGGGGCACCCCCAGCUCUGCCCCUGCUCCAAAAGCUGGGACGAGGACUUGCGACGCUGCCACCCAGAUCACCACGGAAGGUGCCACCAAAGCCACGCUCUCCGCAGAAAUCUGUGUUGGUCCCCAGGAGGAGGGAGGCCCUGCCCAGCUGCCAUCCCUCCCCAGCGCCCCUGCAGCUCCUGGGACUGCAGCUCCAUCCCACAGGGAGAUUCCCCCCUUCCCGAGGCAGCCAGCCCAGCCCCUGCUGCUGCCCUACAAGCCCUCGGGAAGCUCUGGCAUGUAUUAUGUGCCUUUCCAGAAGCCAGGAGCCACCGUGUCCCCCGGGGAGCCCGAGGCCAGCACAGCCAGCUCCCACUCAGGCUCAGAGGAGGCUCCUGCAGGGCUCCUAGCCGCAGUGCUGGGUGUGGGGGACGAUCUCCCUGCAGCCAGGGCAGCUGCCCAGCACAGAGGGACAAUCCACGCUCACCGGCCCAAGCUGGCCUGGCCUGAGGAGCACAGCACGCCACGGGAACAGCCUCCAGAGCUCCCAGAUGGUUCCAGGCACGGUGUCCGUGUGCCCGCCCCGCUGCCCCUGCGCCGUGCGAUGCCCACCGGGCAGAGCUGCCGGGAUCCCACAGAGCUCUCCCGGCACGGGGCCGGAGCUGAGCACGCUGCCCGCUCCUCGGGGGCUGCCCCCCGGCGCCGGCGGGGUCCCCGUGCCCCCCGGGGGACAGCGGGGCCGUUCUUCACCCUCGCUGCGGAGGCCGAUGACAGCAGGAGCGAGGAGCCGGGCGCCGGGGCGUCCUUUGGGAAUGGGGCUGCUGGCACAGAGCUGCCCCAUGGAGCUGCUGGCAUGGAGCUGCCCCACGGGGCUGCCGACACAGAGCUGCCCCACGGAGCUGCCGGCACGGAGCUGCCCCACGGAGCUGCCGGCACGGAGCUGCCCUAUGGAGCUGCUGGCAGCGAUCCCGGGCUCCAUGGCCGGCCAGCUCGCCCAGAUGAGAGCGUGGGGAAGGCGCCGCGGCAGAGAGGCCGUGCCAGGGGCGGCCUGGAUGAGCUGUGGGUGAGGUUCCUGGAGCGCCAGGGCAGGCAGCAGCAGCAGCAGCUCGGCGGGAGCGGGGAGCUGUCCCUCGUGCAGCGGCUGGAUCGGCUGGCCAGGCUCCUGCAGAACCCCGUUCGGCACGCCCUGGCAGCGGGGCAGAAGGCUCCCGAGGAGCAGAGCCAGGGAAGGGAGCGGCCAGGAGCUGGGCUGGCAGGGAGAGCCGGGUCUGGGUGCGGUGUGGAGCCCAGGGCAGCGCUGGCGGCACGGAGGCCACGCGUGAGCCGGGGCAGAGGCAGCCCGGGGCGGCCCAGGGCGGCCCGGGAGGUGACCCAGCAGCUGAGCCGGGCUCUGCAGGAGCAGCAGCGCCUGGCAAUGCCCAGUGACAGCUCCCCGGAGAGCAGGCUGAGCGCGGAGCCCAGCAGCAGCUCGGCCUGGGACACCCCGGCGGGGCCCGACACGUCCCCGGCCUCGGGGGACAGCAGCUCCGUGUCCCUGUCCACCAUCGACACGGCCAGGCUGCUCCGCGCCUUCGGGCAGCGCAGGCUGCGGCUGGCCCGGGACACCGACAGCGCCAGCCUGGCCCCGGGGCUGGCCCGGGACACCGACAGCGCCAGCCCGGCCCCGGGGCUGGCCCGGGACACCGACAGCGCCAGCCCGGCCCCGGGGCUGGCCCGGGACACCGACAGCGCCAGCCUGGCCCCACACACCGACAGCGCCAGCCCGGCCCCACGGCUGGCCCGGGACACCGAGAGCCCCAGCCCAGCCCCACGGCGGGUCCCGGACACCGACAGCCCCAGCCCAGCCCCACGGCUGGCCCCAGGGCUGGCCCCGGGGCUGGCCCGGCUCUACAGUGCCAUCAGCCAGCAAAAGAACCGCUCCCAGAAGUGGCAUGAGCAGAGUGGAGGGGCAGGGGCUGCUCAGAGCCUGGGCAAGGAGCGGCAGAGCCAGCACACCAUCUCCUUUUCCUUGGAGUCCACCUGUGCCAGCAGCAGUUCCUGGGGGCCCAGCUCUGCCCUCAGCAGCAAGCGACGGGCACGGAUGCUGAACAAAGGGAUCCAGGCAGGAGACCUGGAGAUCGUCAGCAGUGCCACCAGGAAGAACACCCGGGACGUUGGGGUGACCUUCCCCACGCCCAGGAGCAGCCAGCAGCUGCGGGAGCCCCCGGGCUGGGGCCAGGGCCCAGCCUGGCAGCAGCCCUGGGCACAGCCGGGCACCCUCCUGAUGGACACACGGACCAGGAGGAGCAGGCUGCGCCUCCAGCAAGGAACUCCAUGGCUUGUCCCAGCAGAGGACUUGGAAUGGGAAUGGAGGAAAGAAAACCAGUGCAGUGCCGCUCCUGGCCCUGGGCCAGCCUGGUUUGAGCCCUGGAGCAGCACAAAGGGCUGGAGAGAGCCCCUGCGGGAGAAGAACCGGGAGGAGCAGCCCAGCCUGGCCCGGGCAGCGGCGGUGCCCACGGGGGCUGGCAGGGGGCUGGGGCAGCCCCUGGGCAAGCUCACACUGCAGGAGGCGCUGGCCCUGCACCGCCCCGAUUUCAUCUCGCGCUCGGGGCAGCGCCUGCGGCACCUGCGGCUGCUCCGCGAGGAGAGGAGGCUGCACAAGGCCCAGAGGGACCAGCUGCUGCCACCCCAGAGGGACCAGCUGCUGCCACCCCAGAGGGACAAACUGCUGCUGCCCCGGAGGGACAAACUGCUGCCACCCCAGAGGGACCAGCUGCUGCCACCCCAGAGGGACAAACUGCUGCCACCCCAGAGGGACAAACUGCUGCCACCCCAGCAGCUGCUGCAACCUGCAGGGAGGAGAAAGGACUGCAGGACUGCAAAUCACCCGGUGUCCAACCGAGGUUUCCUGAUGAAAGAAAAAAGAAGAGCAAUUCCCAAGAGUGAAAUGCUUCAAAGAUCUAAAAGGAUUUACGAGCAGCUCCCCGAGGUGAGGAGGAAGAGGGAGGAGGAGCAGAGGAGGCAGGAGUACAGCUCCUACCGCCUGAGGGCUCAGCUCUACAAAACCGAAAUCGCCAGCCGUGUCCUGGGGAAGAAGGUGUCCUGGAGCUGAGCCCACACAGAGCAGUGCUGGGACAGGGACAGGGCACUGGGGGCUCCUGCAGCCCCACUUUGUGCUCCUGGCUCCCCUCUCUACUGCCUGAUCCUGCCCUGCGUAAGAACCUGUCAUCUGGGGGAGUGUCAGGGUUUGAAAUAUAUAGCUGGGGUUUUAUAGUGGUCUUAGGCACUUGCAGAGGAAACAGAGUCUGGAAAAACUUGGUUCAUAAUAUAUUUAUAACUCCCUGAUUGGAAUAGCAGUUUUAUAUAUUUAUUUUCAGUGGGUUUUAACGAGGAUUAUUUUUAAUUUUUUUAAUUCCUGUCUCAAUGUAGGAAAUUCACUUGUUAUGUUUUGUACUUCAAUAAAACAGCUGAGUUGUAA